CCAUAAAUGUGCACAUUCGUAUGCAUGUCUCAGGGCAUACGACCUUUGUACAUGUGCAAUUUUCUAGGUGAAGAAGAUAUUCACGAUUACGACACAAUAUGAAACCAAUAGCACUGAAUGGCCACGAGCGGGCGAUUACUCGCAUUCGGUACAACCCAGAGGGCGACCUUCUGUUCUCCUGUGCCAAAGACAUACAUCCUACUGUAUGGUUUUCGUUGAACGGGGAGCGUCUGGGCACGUAUGAUGGUCACACAGGAGCCGUCUGGUGUCUGGAUGUCAAUUGGAGUACAACCAAGGUGCUGACCGGUGCUGGCGAUAACAGCAGUAGACUGUGGGACUGUGAAACAGGGAAAUGCAUUAACAUAUUCCACACACAGUCUGCGGUGAGGACGUGCGGUUUCACAUACAGCGGAAACACGCUGUUCUUCUCCACCGACAAGGCCAUGGGCCACAUGUGCCAGAUAUUCAUGUACGACGUGCGUGACCACCAACAAAUGAAAGACAACGAGCCGUACAUGAAGAUUCCUGUCUCCAUGCCCAAGGUGACCAGCGCUAUCGCCAGCAGACUGGAUAAAUACAUCCUGACCGGUCAUGAUGACGGAACACUGAUCAAGUGGGAAAUGGAGACCGGAGAGAAGAUUCACAGUGUGCAGGAGCAUAGCCGUCUAAUCAACGAUAUCCAGCCAUCUAAGAAUGGUAUGAUGGUGAUCACAGCCUCCAAAGACAACACAGCAAAACUGUUCGAUGCAGACACGCUGGAGCUCCUAAAGAUUUACAAGACAGAAAGACCAGUCAACUCGGCGUCGAUAUCGCCCAACAAAGACCACGUUGUUCUCGGCGGAGGUCAGGAAGCCAUGGACGUCACCACGACCUCGUCCCGAAUCGGCAAGUUUGAUGCGCGCUUCUUCCACCUUAUCUUUGAGGAGGAGUUCGGCAGGGUCAAAGGUCACUUUGGACCAAUCAACAGCCUGGCCUUUUCCCCCGACGGAAUGGGGUACAGCAGCGGAGGGGAAGACGGCUACGUUAGAAUACACACCUUUGACCCGCAGUUCCACGACUUUGAAUUUGAAUAUUGAACGUGAGGUCAUUGGAAAAUCUUGAAUGUCAAUUUAUCGUACAGUCUAGUCUUGUCCUACUCCAUUGUUGGGAGUAAACAUUUCACGUUGCCAAGACUUGUUUUUCUGUUUGUGAUAUUUGGUUUCGCUUCUUUUCCUCUGAGCGUUUUCUCAAAGCGACCAGUGUUAGACAGCCUGCGCAUGCACAGUGUAUUAAUUUUCAUCCCAUUUUGGCCAUCUGACGGAUUUCUGUGUGGAUGGGCGGGGGAGGGGGCUAUCUGAUUGGAAGUAAUUUUCAAGAUAGUCGAGAAUGUUCAAUUGAAGAAAAGUGAAUUUCAGCACUCCGUGUACAGCACAUUUCAAAGGGAGAAAAGUCCUUGGGAUUUAAAUAUUUGCCCUCUCUACAGGCAUAUUUGGCAUUGCACUGGUUAACCAGGGAAAAGUAGCCACGCUGCUUAUAAGGGCCGAGUAUUUUUGAGGAAGUUAUGCAUGUACAUGUAUUUAUGAGAAAGUUAUGCAUGUACACGUAUUUAUGAAGAUUGUUUCAUUGCGGUGUGUAUGAAUAAAGAGACAUUUUUGUGUAAAACGUUUCA